CGAUUGAAAAGCAAAGAUCAUCAGUUGGAUUUAGUUUUCCAUCGUGUUAGCAAAUACGCAAUGAAGUCUUUGCUUCUAUUAGCCAGCGUGCUUUGCCUUGCGCUCAUCGUCUCCGCUCGUCCGUCCGAUGAGACUCCCGAUCAAGAAACAUUAACCGAGCUAAGCGAAGACACUUCGGCAGACGAUACACAAGAAGAAGAGACAGUAGACACUGGUGCUGAAUCAGAUGCAGAUUCUGAGUCAGGUGCAGAUGCUGAAUCAGGUGGAGAUGCCAGUGAAACAGAAGAUGGUACUGGCGAUUCGGAAGCAUCCCCGGAUGAAGAACAUACUGAUGAGAAAGCAAGUGACGAUGGUGAAGGAACCGAUGAUACAAAGGAUGAAGAUACCGAAGGACAUGACGACGCUAGUGAGGAGGGAGCUGAUGGAGCAGAUGCAGGAGAAGAUCAGCAAGGCGGUGGGGAAGGUGGUGAAGAAUCGCCCAGAAAUACUUACCGUCAGGUGCACAAGCUGCUAAAAAAUAUCAUGAAGGUUGGCACGAAGGACAAAUAUUUGAAGUCCUUCGUGUUGGCUCGUCUGCAGGAGCGUUUGAUGAAUCCAACAAUCGAUCUGAUCAGUUCUGUUCAGAAGUAUUCUAAGAUUAAGGAAUGCUUCAGCUCUCUGGCAAAGGAUGUGGAUUCGCUGGUGAAGGAGUCUGAUAAAUCUUACGAAGAGUGCAGCAAGGACAAGAGCAAUCCUAACUGCGGCUCUGAAGGCACUCGGGAGCUUGAUGAAGGACUCAUCGAGCGAGAGCAGGAGCUGUCCGAUUGUAUCGUUGAGAAGCGCGACUCCGAAUGAACCAGUCAGCCAUUAACAAAUGCCUUUUACGAUCGUGAGAGAGAUUGUGACUUAUGCAAUAAAUAAAUGCACUAUCAUUAA